AUUACUUUUCUUUGCACCAGUGCAACCAAUAACAUCCAAGACCUCAGUUUCCUAGCUCCUCUUUUGGUGAAAAAUUUGAAAGUUGCUAGGAGAACGAUGUGAGGUGCUGUUCUCCAUACAUGUACUUAUAUCCAUCUCUUUUGACUUAAAGUAAACUGAGUUGUGUUUUUAAAUUUGUAUCCCAGGCCUUAGAUAAUUGUCCCAGUGGCUGGGAUGGAUAGGGCAGCUCCUGUUACAAGUUUAUCAUCCAGUCCUCGUCAAUGCGAGGCCUCAACUGGGAAAGUGCUCGCAGAGAUUGCCUUGGUUCUUGUGGAGACCUUGUUACUAUAGCAGACCAAUUAGAAAUGAGCUUUGUUUAUAACAAUUUUUCAAAGGUUUGGAAUCAGCAUUACUGGAUUGGGCUCAAUGAUCGACCCAAUGAAAGCCAAUUUGUUUGGAGUGAUGGUACACCCUAUAAUGCCUCAGUGUAUAGUAACUGGCAUCCAGGAGAACCAAAUGAUCGCUCUGGUGAAGACUGCGUUGAGUUGUAUAGAACACGUUGGAAUGACAAUGGUUGCAAAGACAAUGGCUGCUAUAUCUGCGAAAAACCCAAGGGACCUCCUAAACACGUGAUUCCUGUGACCCCACCGGUCACAACUGCCUCAGAUUGCCCAAGUGGCUGGGAUGGAUAUGGCAGUUCUUGUUACAAGUUUGUUAUCCAGCCUUCGUCAAUGCAAGGUCUCAACUGGGAAAAUGCUCGCAGAGAUUGCCUUGGUUACGGUGGAGACCUUGUUAGUAUAGCAAACCAAUCAGAAAUGAGCUUCGUUUAUUAUAUACUAAAUCUUCAAAAUUCUGGAGUCAGCAUUACUGGAUUGGGCUCUAAAUGAUCGACGCAAUGAAAGCCAAUUUGUUUGGAGUGAUGGUACACCCUAUAAUGCCUCAGUGUACAGUAACUGGUAUCCAAUGGAACCAGAUGAUCAGGAUGGCGAGGACUGCGUUGAGUUGUAUAGG